UCCUCCUUACUUUCCAAUUUGUCGAUUUUUCCAAUUUGGAUGAAGCUCGGUUCAACUAGAGGAAAGGUCCACCAAAAAAACAACAACAACCGUAUUGCAGGGAACCGCGGAAUAAAUCGAAGUGUGAAUUUUGAGAAAAAGAGACUGGAUGCUUCUUUCCUUCAACCCUCUCUUUACUUUUGAUGCCUUUCUUCUACAUCCAAAUCUGGGCAUCAACUUUGCCAUCGCCAUCGCCAUUACAAUCAUCGUCGCCAUCGCUACUGUCAUUGUUGCCUCGCCCUUGCUGUCGCCAUUUAAUGAUAUCAUCUACCUGACCUAGCUGAGCAACCUCCUUUUACCUUGGAAAUUGGGACCCAUCUUAUUCAGCCUUUGUCGAUUUUGGGUUAAUCCCACCUUUAAGCACUCAAAUACUGGUAUCACACCAGACUUCAAUUGCAUACACCACCAAACGUCAACGCAUAACUGGCUAUACUUCAUCUGGCAUGACACAUUUGAACUGAAGUUGCAAAUAACAAUGAUUCACAUCCCUUAGGGUACACAAAUUGGUUGUUACUGUGAAUAAUCCCUCGUGGUGGCAAUAUCACCAUUGUCUCAAUUUCAUCGACUUGUUCGAUUAUUGUAGUAUAUAUUAUGGUCUCCCAAGUUCACGGGUGAACCUACCGAAAAUUGACGUUUCCCAAGGUUACACGAGUACUACCAUGAUGGAAUCAUGAGGUCCGAGUUUGAAUCGUCAUUUAAAGAGGGGAGAUAUAACUACGCUUAAACCAACCCACGGUCAUUUUCAAUAUGAAUACAGAGAAAUCGCAGGAUCUUGAAAACGAGGAGGAGGAGGAAGAGAGUCCCGCAGGUGUAAGAAAACCUGGUUCCAAGGCUCAGGGUAGGAAGCGCACGAAAACGGGAUGCUUAAAAAACGACGGAUCAAGUGUGGGGAGGAAAAGCCAACAUGUCAAAAUUGUUCAAAAUCCAAAAGGCACUGCAACUUUCUCAUCGGGAUCUGGUCGGUCAAAUCAGCGUCGUGUUGAGGCCCCAAAACCUUCUACUCUUACGCAAGUUCAAUUACCAAAUCUUGCACCGAAACCAGGUGACUCGGGCACAUAUCAUAGCCCUCCAUCUAGACUGCCCAAUGAGACAAAUCAAAGAUUUGAACAAGGCAUACACGUUUUCUCCGGUCGCGCGACUCAAGACGUAGUAGUCCAAAGGAACACCUCUCAAGAAACCCCAGAGGCAAAAUCAGCCCAAAGAGAUACCGUGGAUCGUUCAUACCUACCAACUCCCGAACACAGAUCCCCUCCAGGUUCAGGGCCUACUCACUAUGAUUUUAAUGCUCUCUUUGAGCAACAAUCACCGCUUGGGAAUUUCCCUGUUAUGCAGUCCAGUCCCUCUCCAUGGAUUGUUGACCAGAAUAGUACACCCCAUGCCUACCCUCAAAAACAUACACAAAAUACGAAUCCACAAUUUUCGCUUCUCUCGCCACCUAUGGUGACCACUCAGAGUAAUACAAGCUGGCAACAACCGGCCUUUUCUCACCCACCUAAUUUGAAAUCAAGUAUGUCACAUGCCCCACUCACAAACCAAGUGACACCGACUAUAGAAACAGCAUAUACACCUCCCUUUGACAUGGCACAGCAGGCCAGUCAUAUAUCGGAUGAAACCUUUUCACAUCGCACGGUCUCAAGAAAAACAGACGAUCAUACCAUCGACAAGAAGAACUAUGCGACGAUUGAACGGGGAAAUGAACGCGCAUUUGACGAUGAUGAAAUGAGCCUGGAUAAUGAUCAAGGGGCUGAUGACUACGAAUAUGAUACUUCCAAAGCUCGGAACAUGGACUAUGGCAUUGGACAAGUGAUUGCCCUCCAAGCUCGACAGAAUGCACAAGAUCAAAGUCUUCGCUCUUUUACCUCACUGCUCGAUCGAUCUAAUAUGCUAUUGGCUUACAAUCCUUCACUACGGUCAUCUCCACUCAAUGAUAGUAUGACGGCUAAAAUAUUUUGUCAUUUUAUCAAUGUGACUGGACCGAGUAUUUCAAUGUUCGAGCGGAAUCCUGCCAAUCCUUCUUUGAUAUUUCGGGGGACACCCGUGCCAUCUUCUCAACAACAUAUCUGGACUUACACGUUUCCCAUGCUUGCCUUGAAAAAUGAAGCGCUUCUCCACGCAAUACUCGCUUGCGCCAGCUUACACAUUGCAAAACUGCAAAACACCCACAUAACCGCAUCUUUAAAGCACUACGCAAUUGCUUUACGAAGGAUUGCAAAGAGCUGGAGUAACCAUCUGCUUGGGGGAAGGACCCUUGUGAGAGACAUCGACUUCACUGGGAUGACUCGCCAUCUGAAGGAUAUGCGGGCACAGCUGCGUCAAGAAGACCGUGAGCGCUAUCGUCAGGAGCAGAUACAUAUGGGUAAAACAUUUAUUGAAGAAAAACGUAAAUUCGCAGCCUCGUUAGAAGAUGUGGACGAAAAUAUUGUUGGUGUAUUGAUGGGCCGAAGACUUCGCUACGAUGACUUUGGACACAUUAUCGAUGAAGUUUGGGAGAAUACCGAAGACAGAAUUUAUAGCCCUAAGGAUAUUGAAACUUAUGAAAUGCAACGCGACCUUGUGUGGUGGUACUUUAAACAGGACGUUUACCAAAGUAUAUUAGGUGGAGGAAAGCUCUUCGCUGAGUAUGAUCGAUGGAGUCUUUGCCCUCCGCGUGCACCACUCGGUCGAUUAGACGCAGUUUACGGCACUUUUGAUCAUCUCAUUCUGUUGAUGGGACGACUUGCAGAUUUCGCUGCCAAAGACUUGAAGAGGAAGACGUUAGCAAUGAAAGCUGCGAACAACCCUAUGAGUAAUCAAAUGCCAAAUUUUGCAGGCAUGGUACCAAAUGUUAAGGAGGCAACUCUUCCUAUGGGGUUUUCACCAACGCAUUCUUCAUCUCCUCAAAGCUCAGAGGGCGGAGAUAUGGAUCUUGAGGCUCAAAGGCUUGAGGCAGAAGAAGAGUGGCAGGAUAUCCGCAAUGCAUUCAGUGUACUUGAAGAUCAUUUUGGUGAAGACUUUCAACCUUUAGGCGACGAAUUCUCGACCCCAACUCAAACUCCCUUUGGCCCAGCUUUGCAAUACCGAACUUAUGGUAUUGCUGGCAUUUGGAUGAACUAUUACAUGGGUCUUAUUUCUUGUCAUCGAUCUCAUCCUUCUAUGCCACCAGCAGCAAUGGUAGCUGCAGGCAUGGCGGCUCGUAAGACAGCGUUCUUUGCAAACGAGCUCGGUCGUAUCGCUGCUGGCAUUGCACCGGAUCUAAGCAUGACACCUCAAGUCAAUCCGGGAGUUGGUGCAGCACUUAUGGAAAGCACAAUCUGUCUCUUUUUGGCGGGCGUUCAAUUCCAAAACCCGGACCAGCGGACAUGGCUAAUAUGCCGGCUCAACGAUGUGGCUCGUUUGACGGGUUGGGAAACAUCACUCGCUAUCGCUUCCGGUUGCGAAACAUCUUGGGUCAAGGCUGGAGAAAUGGGGAGAGGUCCACCGUACACAAGGACGAGAGACGAGCGAGUAAGUCCACAAGUAGUGAAUGUUACACGCAAUGGGGAAAGAGUUGCAAUGCAACAGCGGCAAGCAACUGAUCAGGGAUUCGUGAUUAGUACUCAUCAGAGAAUUCAUUAUGCGAUUGGUAUUUUGGGUGUCCAAGAUGAUCUGAAUAAUCUUGACUUGAGAUAAAAACCAAUCAUAGUCAAAUGAUAUUCACCCUUUACAGAGUCCGAGAGUCGAGACACAAAUAAUCGAAACGUCGCCUGAACGAUGGGUGUUUGGAAACAAAUUUAACAAUGCGACUUGAAUCCGAAGUCGUCCAGAGUCAUGUUGGAACAAGACCAACGGCUUGGUAUAAUGACGCUGUCAAUAAUGAUAUCGACGGUCGUCGCAGAAAGUGAUUGGAUAGCUCGUGCUCGAGCCUUGGCUGUCCAAUAUUUUUUCAAUCUGGGCCAUGAGUUCGAGAUGGAAAGCAAUGUUAUGAAUUGGGUUGGAUCGAGUAUGGGAUGAUGCCUUUCUUGAGAUGAGAUCGUGCAUGAUACGGAUCUAUGAAUGAGAUGAGCUUGCAUAAGCCGAGGAGUCCUAGAACUCGUAUAGUGUUAUUCGUAACACAAAUAAUAAUGUCAUUUGUAAUA